AUGGCCGCCGCGGCGCCCGUGGGGAAACAAGUCCAAUGGGCGGCUAACCUCUGCAAGAUUAGGGUGUACCCUCUCCACCUUCCGCCCGGCAAGGUCCUCAAGCGGGUUCCACCGCAGAGCCGCACGGCGCGCCGGCUCGCCGUGGGCACGCCGGCGGCAGCGGGACCGCAAGGAGCGCCGCUGGUAGCCGCCCCUGGCCUAGACAUGGCUACGGGCCCUGGCGCGCGCUCGAGUCCGGUCGGGUCCUGGGAGGAGCAAGGUAGGUGGAUCGCGGCCGGGCCGUACCCUGGCUACGCGUGGGGAGGCGCGUGUCGACAACGCGAAUUGUUCGCCAUCCCUGGGCAGCGAAAACGUAGCGCGUUCGGUUCCGCUGGCGUCAUCGGCACCGUACUCGCCGCCGCCGUCUCGCUCCUCGAGGCACGGAUUCGGGAGGGCGCUGCUGGAAAGAACGGCAGCUGGUGGUGCCCCGCCGGCGUCGACCGGGGCCGGCCUCGCGCCGGGUCAGCGACGCGGCAGGGCCCAGCAGCUCAAGGCGCAACAGCGGACUCGAGGACCGAGUUUCCGGCCGCGCGCCGGUCUGCGUCUUACGACAGGCGAGGCGCGGCACAGUAUAGCGCAUCGGAAGGCCAAAGGGGCCGUCGUGCCGUGGGCACUAGCACAAUUUCGAACCCCCACAGAACGAGGCUCCCCGAGACCUUCCACCUGCAACCCCGGCGCGUGGAGCCAUUCCAGCCAGCGGGAAGUCGCGCCUAUUGGUACAGCAGUCCACUAAACCUUCGCAGCCCGUCGCUCCAAAGCGACCGAGCCACAAGACCACCCGACCAGGCCCCCACCGCGACGGAAGAUCCCCCUUCCAGCUCGAUAUCCUCUCAGAACCCCCUCGCAGGCGUACUCGCCUCCCAUACCACCUCCGCACCCCCGGCCGCACUUUCCGAGCCCCCUCAGGAUCCUCUUCCCCGCCGUACCGGCAGGAUGGGCCCUUUCGCUGCUCCGAACCUCUAG